CGAGUGUUGUGUUGGUGGCAGCGUGCGUUAGAAGCCUGCCCAGACAUUCUGCAGUGCAGUGCGGCUCCCACGUCAGCACUCUCGAAGACCGCACGUCACGCACUCAGGAUUUGCUGUCAUAUAUCAUUUUCUGCGACUCUUCGCCGGUCUUCUACCUCCUCAACAGAGUGGACGCAGCAACUGCAGCAAGCGCCGCAUCGAGCUCCAAGAACGACAAAGGUGCCGACCAUCAACGAGAUAAUUCUCUUUCGGCAGAUACUGAGGCGCACUUUGGCAGAAAGUUCAAACAGUCGCAGUCCUUGGUUCGCCUUCUCAAUGGGAAUUUCCGGGUCAAAGGAAAAGAACGGCGCUAAACGACGGCCAAUGGAUGUUGAAGUGGAUGACAGAAAGCACUGGCAACAACAAGUGGAACAGAAAGAACAGCAACUGCAGCAGAACCACUUACAAGAGCAACAACAAAAAGAUCAGCAAGAACAACCACCCCAGAAGCAGUACCAGCACACACAGCAUCACCAACAGUCUUCACCUCAUCAGCAGCCCUUGUAUCACCACCAACAGCCUUCUCCAUACCAGCAGUCCCCAUAUCACCACCAGCAACCUUCACCACAUCAGCAGUCACCAUAUCACCACCAGCAACCUUCACCACAUCAGCAGUCACCAUAUCACCACCAGCAACCUUCACCACAUCAGCAGUCCCCAUACCAUCAACAGCAGCCUUCACCACAUCAGCAGUCCCCAUACCAUCAACAGCAGCCUUCACCACAUCAGCAGUCCCCAUACCAUCACCAGCAACCUUCACCACAUCAGCAGUCCCCAUACCACCACCAACAACCUUCACCCCAUCAGAAAUCUCCAUAUCUCCAACAAGCAGCUUCACCACAUCCACAGUCCCCACUUAAUCACCAACAGCUGCCACCUCAUCAUCAGGCUGCUCAACACCACCAGCAGCCAUCAGAAAUACACCAACAGCCCCCCCAACAUCACCAACAACUGUCACCACUGCAACAGACCCCUCAGCAUCACCAGCAGCCAUCACCAAUUAGCCAACAGGCUCCUCAACAUCACCAGCAGCCAUCAACACUACAACAGUGCCAAGAGUCAUCACCACUUAACCAACAGGACACUCAGGAUCACAAACUCCCAUCACCCCCACAGGCCCCACAGAACCGUCAGCAGCCAUCGCCACUUCAGAAACAGAGCCUACAGUAUCACCAGCAGCCAUCACCUUAUCACCAACAGUCAUCACACCACCAGCAGUCAUCACCUUAUCACCAGCUCCCAUCCCCUUACCACCAUCAACCAUCACCAUAUCAACAGCAGCCCUCUCAAUACCACGAGCAGUCUUCGCCAAAUACCCAAGAAGCACAUCAACAGCAUCACAAAUCACCACCACAGAAUCACCAACAGUCUUCGCCGCAGCAGCAGCACCAGCAGCAGCACCAGCAGCAGCAGCAGCAACAGCAGAAACCGCCUCCGUCGCCCCAUCAGCAACUGCCUCUGCAACAGCACCACCACCAAGCCUCUCAGCUCCACCAGCAGACUCCACAGCAGGUGUCACAGAAAAAGCAGCAACAGCAGCAGGAAAACCACUGCGAUACUCGGCAAGGUCAAGCCGAGCCAGGGGAGAAACAAAGUCCACCUGUUGAAGUGAAGACGGAAGUAGUUGACGACGAGCCAGAGGAAAUAGAGGAAGAAAUUGAGGACGUCGAAGACGUAGAGGACGUGGACGACGAAGAGGAAUUGGUCGAAGACGAGGAGGAAGCGAUAGCUGAGGACGAAGACGACGAGGAGGCGGAAUCUCUGGGUGAGAGAUAA